GUUAACCCGCUCUUCUCUCUUCUCUCCUCUGUCCUCCCUCCCUACUUCCCUAGGGUUUCAACGACACCGACGAGUAACACCGCAGAUCGCCGGCUGCGCUUCGGGAGCGAUGGCGUCGAUGGCGGAGGAAGCGGCUGCCAGUCAGGUAAAGAAAGAGGAGGAGGAGUUCAGCACGGGGCCUCUGUCCGUGCUCAUGUUGAGCGUCAAGAACAACACUCAGGUUCUUAUCAACUGCCGGAACAACAAGAAGUUACUUGGCCGCGUGAGGGCAUUUGAUCGCCACUGCAACAUGGUUCUUGAGAACGUUAGGGAGAUGUGGACUGAGGUUCCAAAGACUGGAAAAGGCAAGAAGAAGGCUCUUCCUGUGAACAAGGACAGGUUCAUCAGCAAGAUGUUCCUCCGCGGAGACUCGGUCAUCAUUGUUCUGAGGAACCCGAAGUGAGCCUGAAGACGAUGCCUUGUACGAGCAGAAGAGCCUCUUGGCUAGGUCACUGUUAGUUUGUAAUGCUGAAUGCUGUAAAAUCGGGGUGUUAUGAAGCCAGAACUUAGCAGUACUGAUGGUUCAGUGUUGUAGUUUUGGAUGUUAUGAGUUUGCCUGUCCCUCAAAAAAACAUGCACCGGAUCAUGAAUAUAUCAGUUUAAGACAAUUUUUUAUAUUUUCU